AAAUUUUCAGCCGGAGGUGUGAUCAUUUUUUGAACAAUUUUUUUUUCAUUUUUGAGUCGUUUGACGUGUACUUUGCAGAAGUUUUGAGCAAAAUCCUUGCGGAUGGCACUUCCUUAUAGUCUCCCCAACCAUUCCGCAAAAUUCCAGCCGGAGGUAAUAUCGUAGUACCUCCGCGGCCGCCAGCUCUCCGUCAGUCUAGUAUGUAGAUUAGAUUACGAACAAACCCAUUAGUGAGCAUAAUCGGACGAAAUCUGAAAUUAAAUUGACUAAUUUAUCGGGUUUUAUAUCUUACAUAAAAUCAACUAUAGUUCGAUCAAGUAUUUAUCGUCAGUGUAUAGUUAGCGGCGUCUUCUUCAAGGCAAAUUUGAUUGUUGAUAAAAAUGGCGCAAGUGACAAUACAAGAUGGUAGUCUCAAAGGAACAACAGGUACAAAUUUGGAUGGAGAGGAAUUUUUCCAAUUUUUUGGUAUUCCGUAUGCAAAACCUCCGAUAAACGAGCUGCGAUUUAUGCCACCACAACCAGUCGAUCCCUGGAAGGGCGUGAAAGAUGCUACCAUAGUUGGAAGUGCCUCUAUAUCAAGAGAUGAAUUAACUUCUCAGAUUGUAGGAUCGGAAGACUGUUUGAAUUUGAAUGUUUAUACCAAAGAGCUUCCAAACUCAGAAACCGAACUCAAACCUGUUAUGAUUUAUAUUCACGGUGGCGCAUUCAACACUGGCUCCAACCGACCUGGAUUAUAUGGUCCGGAAUUUUUACUUACUAAAAAUAUUGUAUUGGUAACGAUAAAUUAUCGACUUGGAGUACUUGGUUUUUUGAGCAUUGAUGGUACCCCAGUGACGGGUAACAUGGGGCUCAAGGACCAAAAUCUAGCUCUAAAAUGGGUACGAAGAAACAUCAAGCAUUUUAAUGGUGAUCCAAAUAAUGUUACAAUUUUCGGUCAUAGUGCUGGUAGUGCUUCAGUUCAUGCUCAUAUUCUAUCUCCAGCCUCCAAAGGCUUAUUCCAAAAAGCAAUUCUACAAAGCGGAAAUGUUUUGAAUAGUUGGUGCUGGGGCUCCAAAAACAAUGCUACCAAACUGGUUGAGCUUUUAGGAAAAAGUGCUGAUACUGAAAAGCAAGCUUUGGAAAUACUGAAACAAGUUCCCGCAAUGGAUAUUCAUGACGCUCAACUAUUGCUUGGAGACGCCAUAUAUGCAAGCGAAAAAAGACCAUUUUCUGUAGUAAUAGAAUCCCCAAACGAGACUGCCUUUAUUACAAAAGAUCUAAGAGAAUUGAUUAAAGAAGGCAAUUAUAACGAUUUGCCUAUAAUGAUAGGUUAUACAGACAAGGAGGGCAUGGUUCUGGAAACCGCUAAGACAUAUAACGUGGAAUUGCCGCCUUUUAAAAUGGAAAACAUUAUACCUGCUGAACUUAAUUUGCUUGAAGGAAGUGCCGACAGUCAAAAAGUGGUUAAGAUUUUGGAAGGAAUAUAUAGCAAGCAACCAAAUGAUGAACACUAUGAUGAGCUCACUGAUACGUCAUUCUUAGUUGGAAUUUGCGAGUUUCUCCUGAAUCAUUUGAAAAAUAAAAAGCUCCCCACCUUUCUAUACAGAAUGACAAUUUCGUCGAAUGUCAACUAUCUCAAGAACAUGUUGCACAAAACACAUCUUCCUGGUGCUUGUCAUGCUGACGAUCUAGGCUAUCUCUUCAAAUCAGACAUAACUCCCGAAAUAACACCUGGAAGUCUGGAAGACAAGUUUAUAAGAAUCUUUGUCGAGCUUUGGACAAAUUUCGCUACAUUUGGCAACCCUACUGCCAACAGCAAACUAAAUGUUUCCUGGGAACCUCUUGUAAGAGAUGGAAGCCUUAAGCUUUUAAAUAUCGGAAAAGAGCUUGAAUUUAUUGAUAUGCCUGGGUCUGAGCGGAAAAGGGUGGAUACUUGGAUGGAUAUUUAUAAUAAAUGGCAACCAGAGAAAAGAUCAUAAAUUUAAUAUAUUAUGAUACUAAAGUUGAAGUUGUAAAUAGAAAUUUAUGAAUAAAAUAUUUCAACAUUAAAAGCAUUGUUGCAGCAAGUGUAGGUAUAGG